GGCUUUCACAGAUCUAAUGACAGGAGCAAGCAGUGUUGCAAAGGAGUUUUUUCUGUGUGGAAAUCUCAAAAGUGUCAAAGGAUAGAAAAUUCAUGUUUUUCUGAGAAUGAAUUCUUUCAUAAAGAAGCUGCUAAAGAAGAAGGGUGUGAAGAGCAAUGAGUCUGUUCCUCAGACGAGUCGAGGCCGGCCAGAGAGUCGGGAGGCUAUCCGAACCCCAGGCUUUCAACCAUCAUCAAGUUUUAAAGAUCCAGCCAGCCUGAGAACAUCCCAGCUCUUGCCGCUCCUGGUGAAGCCUCCUAUGCCAACAUCUGCUGAGGUCAAGAAGAAGCACCAGCCAGUAGUCCUCCCUGAACUGGUACAAGUUCAGCCCUCUAAGUCUCGUCCAGGGGCUCAUAAGACAGAUGAGAGGUCCCCACAUGGAGUUCCAGGCGAAUCUUCCAAGGAACAUAUUGUUUUGCCAAAGCUGCCUGCUGCUAAGUCAAAGAGAAGCACCAGCCCAAUACCAAAAAAGAAACUGUCUGAGGGUAAAGCACCUGAAUUGCCAGAACUCUCUGAUGAGAAUUUCCGGUAUCUGUGGGACAGCAAGAAGUUGCAGAAAGGAAAAACUGUCCGAGAAUUAGUGGAGACGAUGGAUGAGAGAGAAGUCCUAGACACCAUCCUGGCUCAUCUCCAGCAGUCUCUCCAGUGGACUCCUGCUACAGACUCUGAGAAAGCUGCAAGAAGACUGACAGCAGCAGACAUCUAUGCUGCAAGCCAUAAAACAGCAGCACCGCAAAAGGGCCCCCAAGCACCUGGCCAAAAUAAGGCUUCCCUUUAUAAAUACUAUGGGGUGAAACUGCGAGACUCAAGUCGAAAGGAUUUGGUCUACAGACACUUGCACAUACUUCUGAGGUUAACAGGACAAGAAGGGGACAGAGAGAAGAAAUAAAUCCAAAGAACGUGUAACUUGAACUUGCUUACAUGGAUUGCUGGAUAU